UCUUGUGUGGAGAAUAUGCUUCGCUACGAGGGCUCCAUUGCGUUGCUCCAUUGCCAAUGGCGUCGCCGCGCAGCGAUGGCGCCGCUCGCCGCCCCUGCAUUGCCGCUGCCUUUGGUGCCUGCGCUGAGGCUGGCCGCGAAGAAAAUCCAUCCGGCAUUCAGGUUUCUCGAAUCCAGGAGCUGGAAGGAUGUGGCCACGGCAGCAGCGCAUAGAAUGUAUUGCAGCGCAGGCACUUCGGGGAAUCAAGAUCGGGAGAUUUUAGUCCAGCACUUGCUCGUCAAGGAGGACCAGCUUCAAUUGCUCACUGAGCUCCAGAAACGACUCGUUCAAGAGGAUAUCGAUUUGAGCGACUUAGCCACGGAGCACUCGAUUUGCCCCUCGAAGAAAAAUGGUGGGAUGCUGGGAUGGGUCAGCAAAGGACGCAUGGUGCCCGAGUUUGAAGAAGCAGCAUUUAGCGCACCGCUGAACAAAAUCGUGCGUGCAAAGACGAAGUUUGGCUGGCAUCUACUUCAAGUUUUAUCAGAAAGGCAAGCUGGCUUUUUGGUGGAAAUCCAACCGGAAGAGCUCGCCAAGCGAAUGAAAGACCCCGAAUUCAGGGAGAACGCACAACUUCUUGACGUGAGAGAGCUCAAAGAGAUAAAAAUAGCUAGCUUGGAUGGCUUCAAGCCAUUUCCUUUGAGCCAAUUUGGAGAAUGGGGACCAACAAUCGGCGACACGCUUGAUCCGGACAAAGACACGUUCGUCAUGUGCCACCAUGGAGUAAGAUCGCUACAAGCAGCUCAAUGGUUGAAAUCCCAGGGAUUCUCUCGCCUCCACAAUGUGUCUGGAGGGAUUCAUGCGUAUUCCACCAGAGUAGAUGACAAGGUUCCAGUGUACUAGCUAGAUCCAUUGCAAAAUUUGAUCAAGAAAGCAUGGAAAAAGGAACGACUCUCAUUAGAGAUCAUACUCUAGAACGAAAAUUCACCGUAUCUGUGGUGUGCAUUUGCGGCUUCUAAAUUCAAACCUGAGAAAACAAAGAGAAGUUUAGUUUCUAA